UGUCUUCGGUAAGAAGCGCUGCGACAAGCGUUUCUUCAAAGCGGAACUCGACUGGGUUUUCAGGUUGAAAAUCUCAAAUCUGACCGCUGAAAACACAAGGAGACCCAAAACAAACUUCGUCAACUCCUUGAAAAAUAGUUUCACUAUGUUUUGAUGAACUUUAUUUGCGGUUAAACAACGAAAGUUGGACACAGUGAGCGAAGGAAGAUUCUUCUCCAUUGAUUACCUCACCGCCAUUUUCCGUGGAACUGGUCUAGAUUAGAAUGGCCUUGGUUUCGGGGUCGCCGGCCCCGCUAAGGGACGUAAAACGGGUUCAAUUCGGAAUCCUUAGUCCAGACGAAAUAAAACAAAUGUCUGUGACAACGGAUGGUGGAGUAAAAUACUCCGAAACGAUGGAAGGAGGCCGACCAAAGCUCAACGGCUUGAUGGAUCCACGACAAGGGACGAUCGAUCGGUUUUCUCGAUGUCAGACAUGUGCAGGAAAUAUGACCGAAUGUCCAGGCCAUUUUGGCCACAUCGAGCUAGCCAAACCAGUCUUCCACGUCGGAUUCAUGACCAAGAUAGUCAAAACUCUCCGUUGCGUGUGCUUUUACUGUUCCAAGCUCCUUGUAGACUUGAAUAAUCCAAGAGUGAAAGAGAUCCUCUCUAAAUCUCAUGGCCAGCCACGCAAAAGAAUGAUGCACAUGUAUGACCUGUGCAAAGGCAAGAACAUCUGUGAGGGAGGGGAUGAGGUGGAUGCCGGCGUACUUGCACAAGACAACCCCAAUGAGGCUGAGAAAAAGCUGAACCAUGGAGGUUGUGGUCGAUACCAACCAAAGUUCAGGAAAACUGCCUUAGAGCUGACUGCUGAAUGGAAGCAUGUCAAUGAAGAUGCCAAUGAGAAGAAAAUAACUCUAACUGCAGAGAGAGUUUAUGAGAUCUUCAAGCGCAUAUCAGAUGAGGAGUGCAAUGCUCUUGGUAUGGAUCCCAAGAAUGCUCGCCCUGAUUGGAUGAUUGUGACUGUGCUACCAGUCCCCCCUCUGCCAGUGCGACCAUCCAUAGUGCUGAGUGGGACAGCUAGGAGCCAGGAUGACUUGACACACAAACUUGCCGAUAUUGUAAAAGCAAACAACAACCUCCGCCGCAAUGAGCUCAAUGGUGCUGCGGCUCACAUCAUUGCCGAAGACACCCGUCUCUUACAGUAUCACGUUGCAACUCUAACGGAUAAUGAAAUUCCUGGAUUACCUAGGGCCAUGCAGAAGUCGGGCCGUCCACUGAAAUCAGUAAAGCAACGUCUGAAGAGUAAAGAAGGCCGUAUUCGUGGUAACUUGAUGGGCAAGCGUGUAGAUUUCUCUGCGCGUGCUGUUAUCACACCAGACCCUAACCUGAGUAUUGACCAAGUUGGAGUGCCUCGAACCAUUGCCCAGAAUCUCACCUUCCCCGAGAUAGUCACUCCCUUCAACAUUGACAGCAUGCAAGAAUUGGUUCGCCGUGGUAACAACCAGUACCCUGGUGCAAAGUACAUCAUCCGUGACAAUGGAGAGCGUGUUGAUCUGCGUUUCCACCCCAAACCUAGCGACCUCCAUCUCCAGUUUGGCUACAAGGUUGAAAGACAUAUCCGGGAUAAUGACGUCAUCAUCUUCAACCGACAACCAACACUCCAUAAAAUGUCCAUGAUGGGACAUAGAGUGAAGAUCUUGCCGUGGUCAACUUUUAGGCUUAACCUCAGUGUGACAACUCCAUACAAUGCAGAUUUUGAUGGAGAUGAGAUGAAUCUCCAUGUACCCCAGUCCCUGGAGUCCAAAGCUGAGAUUACAGAGAUCAUGAUGGUACCCAGGAAUAUCGUAACUCCACAAUCAAAUAAACCUGUCAUGGGAAUCGUACAGGACUCUCUCACAGCUGUCAGGAAGUUCACCAAGAGAGAUGUGUUUAUAGAAAAGGAUGCCAUGAUGAACCUUCUUAUGUGGAUCCCAACUUGGGACGGCAAGAUCCCCCAGCCGGCCAUCCUAAAGCCGCGCCCACUUUGGACGGGAAAGCAGAUUUGCAGCAUGAUCAUCCCUGGUAAUGUGAACGUGAUCCGAACACAUAGCACCCACCCUGAUGAUGAGGAUUCAGGGCCCUACAAGCAUAUCUCCCCCGGCGACACCAAGGUUCUGAUUGAGCAUGGUGAGCUUCUCACAGGAAUCCUCUGCAAAAAGAGUCUUGGGACUUCUUCUGGCAGUUUGAUCCAUAUCAUUGCCAUGGAACUGGGGCAUGACAUCGCCCGUAUGUUCUACAGUGAUGUCCAGUGUGUGGUGAACAACUGGCUGCUUCUUGAGGGACAUAGUAUUGGUAUUGGAGAUUGUAUUGCUGACUCAGACACCUAUGACGAGAUUCAGAGAGCCACCAAAAAAGCUAAGAAAGAGGUGAUAGAGGUGAUUGAAAAAGCUCAUAAUGACGAACUUGAGCCUACGCCAGGCAACACCCUCCGGCAGACAUUUGAGAACCAAGUUAAUCGCAUUUUGAACGACUGUCGUGACAAGACUGGAGGAAGUGCACAGAAGAGCUUGUCUGAGUUCAACAACUUCAAGGCUAUGGUGGUCGCUGGCUCUAAAGGAUCAAAGAUUAACAUUUCCCAGGUUAUUGCUGUUGUAGGCCAACAGAACGUUGAAGGAAAGCGAAUCCCCUUUGGGUUCCGCCACCGAACCCUUCCUCACUUCAUUAAGGAUGAUUAUGGUCCUGAGAGUAGAGGUUUUGUCGAAAACUCCUACCUUGCAGGUCUAACACCCACUGAAUUCUUCUUUCACGCUAUGGGUGGUCGUGAGGGGUUGAUUGACACUGCUGUCAAGACUAGUGAAACAGGUUACAUCCAGAGACGUUUGGUGAAAGCUAUGGAGGGGCUUUCUGUGGCAUAUGAUGGAACUGUCAGGAACUCCAACAACCAGCUGAUUCAGCUGAGGUACGGAGAGGACGGAAUGGAUGGUAUUGCCAUUGAGUUCCAGAACAUGCCAACCAUGCGGCCAUCCAAGACAGCUUUUGAGAGAAAGUUUCACUUCGACCCUACUAAUGAUAGAUGGAUGACACGUUACCUUCAGGAAGACUUGGUGCGAGAUCUCAGCGGCAGUGCUACCGCCCUCCAGGAGCUAGAGGGGGAAUUCAAUAAACUCCAGGAAGACAGAGAAAUCCUGCGCAAGAUCCAGCCUUCAGGAAAUGCUAGAGUAGCCCUUCCCGUGAACCUUAGCAGACUGAUCUGGAACGCACAGAAGACCUUCCAUAUUACAAACAGAUCUGCAAGUGACUUACACCCACUUAGAGUCAUUGAAGGUGUGCGAGAACUCUCCAAGAAGCUGGUUAUUGUGGCAGGGGAAGAUCACAUCAGCAAGCAAGCCCAGUUCAACGCCACCCUGCUGUUUAACAUACUACUGCGCUCAACACUCUGCACAAAGCGCGUUGCUGAGGAGUUUCACUUGUCAUCCGAGGCAUUCGAAUGGUUACUGGGAGAGAUCGAGACAAGGUUCAAUCACUCACAUGGAAAGCCUGGCGAGAUGGUAGGUGCCCUAGCGGCCCAAUCCCUUGGUGAACCCGCCACACAGAUGACCCUGAACACUUUCCAUUAUGCUGGUGUAUCAGCCAAGAAUGUAACCCUGGGUGUGCCCCGUCUGAAGGAGAUCAUCAACGUGUCCAAGAAGCCAAAAACGCCCUCACUCACUGUAUUCCUGAUCGGCCAGGCAGCUAGGGAUGCCGAGAUGGCAAAGGCCGUCCUUUGCCGUUUGGAGCACACCACCCUCCGUAAAGUGACCGCCAACACCGCCAUUUACUAUGACCCAGACCCCCAGAACACAGUGAUCGCUGAGGACCAGGACUUCGUUAACGUCUACUACGAGAUGCCUGACUUUGAUGUGGCCAGGAUAUCACCAUGGCUGCUCAGGAUCGAACUGGACCGCAAGAGAAUGACGGACAAGAAGCUUACCAUGGAGCAGAUCUCGGAGAAAAUCAAUCUUGGUUUUGGUGAUGAUCUGAACUGUAUCUUCAAUGACGAUAACGCCGAGAAGCUGGUGUUGCGAAUCCGAAUCAUGAAUAAUGAUGAUGGCAAGAUGCAAGACGAUGAAGAUGUAGACAAAAUGGAUGACGAUGUGUUUCUCCGGUGCAUUGAAGCGAACAUGUUGACAGACAUGACCCUGCAAGGGAUAGAGUCCAUUUCCAAAGUGUACAUGAAUCUGCCACACGAGGACAAGAAGAAACGCAUCGUUGUCACCGAGCAGGGCGAGUUUAAAGCAAUUCAGGAGUGGCUACUGGAGACGGACGGGGUCAGCCUGAUGAGGGUACUCAGUGAGAGAGAUGUGGACCCCGUGCGCACAACGUCAAAUGACAUUUGUGAGAUAUUCUCGGUUCUUGGAAUUGAGGCCGUGCGUAAAGCAGUGGAACGUGAAAUGGACCAUGUCAUCUCAUUUGACGGCUCCUACGUGAAUUACCGGCACUUGGCGUUGUUAUGCGACAUCAUGACCUGCCGAGGCCAUCUCAUGGCCAUCACCCGGCAUGGAAUUAACCGACAAGAGGUUGGCGCCCUCAUGAGGAGUUCCUUUGAGGAGACAGUUGACGUCUUAAUGGACGCUGCCGCCCAUGCAGAAACAGAUUAUCUCAGGGGUGUCAGUGAGUGUAUUAUUAUGGGAAAACUUCCGCGAAUUGGCACAGGAAGCUUUGACCUGAUGCUGGAUGCAGAGAAGUGCAAACACGGAAUGGAGAUACCCACAAAUAUAAUGGGGCCUGGAAUGGGCGGAGCUAUGGCUGCAAUUGGCGUGUUCUUCGGAGCUGCUGGCUCGCCUAGUGCUAUGUCGCCACAGAUGACACCCUGGAACAUGGGGGCCACACCAGCAUACAUGGAAGCCUGGAGUCCUGGCAUGGGAAGCGGAAUGACCCCUGGAGCUGCUAGCUUCUCUCCUUCGGCGGCCUCUGAUGCUAGUGGUAUGAGUCCUGGUGGCUUCAGCCCAUCUUGGAUGAGCCCAACGCCAGGUUCUCCAGUGUCUCCAGGUCCAACAAGCCCUUACAUCCCAAGCCCAGCAGCUGCAAGUCCAGGGUACUCCCCCUCAAGCCCGGCCUUUAUGCCAAGCUCACCAUCAAUGUCACCAGCGAGUCCAUCUUACUCGCCAACAUCUCCAGGAUACUCGCCUUCUUCACCAUCUUCAGGCUAUUCACCUGCUAGUCCAAGUUAUUCUCCAACAUCGCCAUCGUAUUCACCAACUUCUCCAUCCUACUCUCCAACCUCCCCAUCCUACAGCCCAACUUCACCUUCCUAUUCCCCUACUUCACCUAGCUACAGCCCAACCUCCCCUAGCUAUUCCCCUACUUCACCCUCUUACUCUCCGACAUCCCCCUCAUAUUCUCCUACCUCUCCUUCCUACUCCCCAACAUCACCCAGCUACUCUCCUACAUCUCCAAGCUACAGCCCCACAUCUCCAAGCUAUAGCCCUACAUCUCCUAGCUAUUCCCCGACCUCCCCUUCUUAUUCUCCCACCUCGCCUUCAUAUUCUCCUACCUCUCCCUCCUACUCUCCAACCUCACCCAGCUACUCUCCCACAUCUCCAAGCUACAGUCCUUCCUCCCCUUCCUACAGCCCCUCCUCGCCAUCCUAUUCACCACAAUCUCCGUCCUACGCCUCCCCCUCUUCCCCUAAGUAUUCCCCUGCUUCUCCAAGCUACUCCCCCACAUCUCCAAAGUACAGCCCAACCUCGCCCAACUACAGUCCCGCCUCUCCCUCCUACUCCCCCUCCUCGCCAAAGUACUCCCCCACCUCUCCUUCUUAUACCCCUGCUUCCCCUUCUUACUCUCCCGCUUCCCCCUCCUACAGUCCGUCAUCCCCAAGCUACUCCCCUUCCUCGCCUCGCUACACACCCACCUCCCCUCAGUACUCCCCAACCUCGCCAAAGUACAGCCCUGCCUCUCCUAACUACUCGCCAACUACUCCAAGUUAUACUCCUAUGUCUGGGCACUAUAGUCCCACUUCUCCACAGUAUAGUCCAGCUUCUACUGGACCCUCCCCAUCUCCUGAAUACUCGCCCUCAUCACCCAACUACACUCCAAAGUAAAAUAGGGUGACGUUGCCCUACAAUCUUGAGUAAAUAGGGGUGACAACACCUACAACACUCUGAGUAAAUAGGGUUGACAACACCCUACAACAAUCUUGAGUAAAUAGGGGUGACAUCACCCUACAACACUUUAGUUAGUAGGAGUGACGUCACAUAAAACACUCUUGAGUAAAUACUCCAAAGUGAGUAGGAUUGAGGUAAUGUGUGGUUAUACAGAAUAAGAAAAAUCUCAAAUCUCAAGCAUUUGGCAAAGGACAAGCGUAUAUCACAUGUUGAUAUACUACAAAUGCAAAACUGAAAAAAAAGACAUUAUUGGCAGCUACGGCUUCGAAUAUCAUGCCGGUUUGGUCACCGGUGUAUAUAAAAUAUGUGUAAUAGUGGACACGAUGCCACUUAGAAUUCUUGUUUCAAGCGAGUGUAUGAUGGUUCGCGUGGAGCUAUUUGAUGUUUCAGUGUAACUUGGAAUGUAACUUAAAAGUCAUCAACACAAAAAAAAAUGUUAGCAUUAGAUUUGCCCAUUAAAUUAAGGUUAGAUGCAUUAUGUAUUCUCGAUAUCAAUAUAACGACGCAAUUGGAAUUUAACUUUUUUAAGGUGAUUUUUUGUUUGUAGCAUUUAAUAUUGAUUUAUUUUAGCGUUGUUAUGUUGACAUUGAAUACACUGCUAGUUACGGACUAUAGACUGCGCCCUUGUGUGCCAGCCUUUCCUAAUAUAAGUGCAUUUAAUUCCUGUUGUUUAGCCGUUAAUUCUGUCAGACAUGCAAAUGAAUGCAAUGAACAGUGCAAAAUAAAUGUGAGCUACACGCACAUACCCCGCCCUUAAAAGAACACUAGAAAAAAUAUUAUUUGAAUAUUUAUUUGUUCUUGUUUUGUAGUACUGUGCCAUUCACAGUUAACUGUUUUGCGCAUUUAUUGAAACAGCUCGAACGCAUAUUGCUAGGAAUUUAAGAUAACUUUAAUAUCUUAGUGGUUAACAAGCGAGAAUAGAUACAGACAUAGUUGUGAGGUAAAGUAGCUCGCUUAUUUGUAGAAUUAACAGUCGAUUGACUGCUGUGCUUGUAUUAUUUUUUGUGAAAGAUUGUAAAAAUUUAUUGAUUAAGAAAUAAAUAUCGUUUGUACAUA